CGAUCCUGCACCUAAUGCGACGCACAGGCAAAUAAAAUUGUCCCACCGAAAAAUGUUCACACUGCUCCCACUGUCGCUUACAGUGAAGGGUCGGGUUUUCAGAAAUGCUUAACAAAUUAUAGUACAAUCAAAUUGUUACGUUUCUAUACAGAUUAUGAGCGUUUCAAGUGUAUUUGACGAUUUUAUAUUGAUGUACUUCAAAUCUAAAAUGUUUCUCACACAAAACAAGCUAAUAUAACGAAAUUUGUAUGAAUUCUAUUUCAACGUUGAAAUGCACUGUGCCCAAAAUUUCGAUCCUCACUGUACCCAUCGUUGUUUUGUUUACAUCAUCAGAAAAAAAGCUCAUUCUGCAGAUUCGAUGGUCGACACAUCAACAAACAUUCACGGUAAUCUUCAGUAUUGCAUAUUAAUUACGUGUUUUACUAGUGAUAAUUUGAUUUUUUCAGUUUUUAAAAUAUGUCUGAAGGAGCCGACGAAGGAGCAGAAGGGUGCAGUUCCCCAAAAAUUGCUGACGAUGUCGAUAUGGAGGACAUGGAGGAGGAGUAUCUCUCGGAGGUAUGCACAGAGGACCCGCUUGCGAAUUUCCGUUCCGGUACGAGUCCCCACUCUGAUGAUGCCGAUUCAAUCACACGUAUGGUGGAACAAGUUCCUGUGAAAAACUUCGAGUUCGACGAAGGAAAUUUUCCCGGCGACAACUGGAAAGGAUUGCAUGAAGAUGAUCCGGAAGAAGGUUCUGCAAAACAAACUGGAGGAAAUAACAGCAGUGCGAAUGUGUCGAACUGUUCGGAGCAUGAUUUGUACGUGUGCACCCUUUUAGUGUAUAAACGGGAAUUCAAAGGACAGACGUCUGGAGCUUACAUCGCUCGUUGGGAGUUAUCCGCUAACAACAGAGAGGAAUUUUUGACCAAGGUAUGGAAUUUAGCUAGUGAGCAUCUCCACCGUGAAAUAAUUUUUGCAGCAAACGAAGACGGUGGUUCUACUCCACAGUGGUGUUCCAAAGAAAAACCAACCCUGGAAGAUUUAAACAACUUUGCCCUGUUUCAAUCUGGGCGACGGUAUUAUAAAGUAGAAAACAUACAGGACAACAAGCAUAACUUGUUGCAGAAUUGGAGAAAUAAGGACAUAUCCCUUUACCUCCACAUUUACUCACUUAGCGUGAGUAAUCGGGCGAUGUGGAACACGGUGAAGGAAGCACUCAUCGAACCGACUGAACGAGACCGUUCUGGCGCGGCUAGCACACAGGCUUUGCUAGAUUUGACAGAGGAGCUGCGAAAUACUCAUGGUGGUAUACUUGAUGCUCACGGUAUGGCAUGGACUUUCUGGGCUAAUGCAAUCCAGAGUGCCCCAGCUUAUAAACGUUCUUCGAUGAUGCAAUACCCUCCACAGACGUUGGCAGGGCUAUUCAAGGCAAAAGAAGGAAUGCGUGUGAAUGCCAUCAAGCGCGAAUUGGAAACAGCCAACAAUGUCAAUGACAGCUACCAUGAGGACAUCGUUGCUCUGCGUACUGCAUUCAGUACAUUGCGUGCGACUGUGAACUCCCACUUGAAUGCACUGGAUCAUCGGAUUGAAAUGUUGGAAAUGCGCGAACGAACAAGUAACAAUUUACUCAACGCCAUGAGGACAUCGGUUGCGGUUCAAGAAGAUGAGAUAGGGAAAGAUUUGAGAAACGAAAUAACGGAUUGUCCGGAUCUUGAUCAUGCAGAAUAAAAAAUCAAUUUUGUUGCGAGUUUUUGUUUUAUUAAAGCGAAAUAAAGAGGAAAUAAAUGUUACAUUUUGAAUAUGUUUAGCCUUAUUUUAUCCUGCAAUAUCAUUGGGAACUGCUACGGUUGGAUCAAAUUUUCCCUUCAAAUACCCACAUUUUCUGAACAAACCAAGAGCAAAUUUUCAAUACGUCCUAAGUAACAUUUAGAUUGUAUCGAGAAAAUCAAACUCAAAGUUUUGGGUUUCAUUUUUAAUUCCUAUUUAACAAUCAAAAUGAAUUCAAUAAAACAAAUACACGUAAACGAUACUAAGGAACAGUAUUUAUUGUUUCCUUAAUAAAAAGCUUGUUAAAAUAUAACACAACGUUAUUUUUUUGCAUUAAAACAAUCUUACGACAUUUAGUGUUGGAAAACAUAAAUAAGUCAUUUUGUUAAGUCAUUCUGAAACCUGUCGGGUUUCUUACGUCAUGUGCGUUACGUCGCGUUACGCGAAUUUAUGUUACUUUCGUCGGUGUACUUACGUCGUUCAGCCAGCUGUCAUGUUAGUUAAGUCAUGGUUGAUAAGUUGUUUUGAUUGAAAAAUUGGCACUUAAGCCAAACGGGUUCCACCGGAAAAAAGCAAAUGUUUUCCGCGCAACAGCGGUGCCACAGAAGCUGUUGCGGCAGGAUUAACUACCGCAGAACCAGCUGCUAUGUACGUUUGAUCUUCUGCAUGGGGGCCGCCCGUAGUUACCGUGGCACGAGUGUUAUUCUGUGAAAAUGAAACCGGGGAGCAAAGGACCACUAGUGCCAAUGCCAUCUGGUCCCGCUAACGACAUCUCUGUGCUUCAACAAGCCAGCCACCAGUGACUCCACUUUUCGAUUACAUUUGCCGUUUAAAGGAGAACCAGAAACACCGUUGCCAGUGAAAGCGUCGAUCAAGCCGUGUGAACUUGAGGUCACAUGACUGAGGCACCUUCCGGUAUGGCUUCUUCAUUAUAAUCGGCACAUAGACACCAACCAAAGAUUACUUUAGCUACAGCGUGCUGAAGCAGACACAGAAAGGUGUCUCAUGCUGUACGAGGCGACUCUGUUCUCGUUCGGUUUCUGUAUGAAAGAGAACUGGUCGUUCACACUCACCGCUAGGUCUGGAAACUGAUGAGCCUAGGCGAUGGAGAGGAGAUGUCCCACUACCAGCUGAAGCCGAAGAAGCCUCACUAACACGGAAACAAGUGCAAGAUUUCUCUAUUCAAAAAUUAAAAAAGUAAACUACAUUAGUUUUGAAAAAUAUAUGGUUUUAUAUCAUGCAAUAAACGGUAACGGUAUGUCCAAAUUACUUGAAACACCCUAUAGUCUUUGACCUAUAAUCAUAUGAUCACAUAACACCCAGAGUCUAGAAGAUAGCAGUUAAGGUACCUGGACCUACAGGUUAUAAUCAAGAAUUCUACUACCAUUAGGUUGACACUACAUAAAUCAACAUUUUCUGAUUGAAGCCACUUCCUAAUGCAUCACGUUGGCUUUACAUGAAGGAAUAUACCAUGAGUUCAUCUAACAAUAAUGCAUGGUUCUCUUCAAAAAUUCCAUGGCAAUUUAAAGGGGUUUUCCUAAACAAGUUCCUCCGAUUUAUUUCCAAGAGUUCCGGAAUUCCUGCAGAAGAUCCUCAGGAAUUCCUCCAGAAAUUCCUCGAGAGCUCCUCUAGGAGUUCCUCUGGAAUUCUUUCAUAAGUUUCCCGAGAAUUUCUGCAUUCCUCCAGGAAUUCUUCUACAUGUUCCUCCAGGAGUUCAUCGGAAUAUUCUACAAGAGUUCCUCGGCAAUUCCUCCAGGACAUUCUCGAGAAUUCCUCCAGGAGUUCUUCGGGAAUUCCUCAAGGAGCUCUUAGGAAAUUCCUCCACGAGUUCUUCGGGAAAUCCUCUAGGAGUUCAUCGGGGAUUCCUCUAGGAGCUCUUUAGGAAUUCCACCAGGAUAUCCUUGGGAACUCCCCCAGAAGAAGGAGUUUCUCGAGAAUUUAUCCAGGAGAUUCUCGUAAAUUCUUCCAGAAGUGCCACGGAAAUUCCUCCCGGAGCUUCUCGGUAAUUCUUCCAGGAGAACUCCUUUAGAUGAUCAUCGAAAAAUCCUCCAGGAGUUUUCAGAAAU